GUCGUCGCCAUAUCCAUCCCGAGGACGAUCUCAGCGCAGGAGUGCCGGUGGGCACUUAGUGGUCAGUGAUCAAUGAACUCUACUUGUACUGUGUUUUGGCUAGUGCUGUCAGUGUACAUAUCUAAUGGAUCGACGACAACAUGACUAUUUAAUACUAAUAGUCGUAUGAAAUUUUCCAAAGGAAACAAAUGCAAAGUAUUGCUAUAAAAAAUAGCAUAAAUGAGUGAAAAUGAAUGAUAUAGACAGCAUGAGCAUGAAGGGCAGUGGAGGUUCCAAAAUGCCUCAUAGUCAUUCGACUCCAGCUGGUGUUGAUGGCGGUAGUCGAACACCACCUACAACACCCAGGAAGGCGGGGAAGAUGCUUGCAGUUCGUGUACAAAUGUUGGAUGAUACUAUUACAAUGUUUCAAGUACAGGCAAAAGCAUUAGGUAGAGUAUUGUUUGAUCAAGUUUGCAAACAGUUACAUCUUUUAGAAGCUGAUUAUUUUGGUCUUGAAUAUCAAGAACCUAAUGGGACAAAAUAUUGGUUAGAUUUAGAAAAACCAGUAUGUAGGCAAGUGGGAUUAUCAUUGGUUGAUCCUCUUCUCAGAUUUUGUGUUAAAUUUUAUACACCAGAUCCUGCACAACUUGAAGAGGAGUUUACAAGAUAUUUAUUUUGUUUACAAAUCAAACGAGAUUUGGCUCAAGGUUUAUUACAAUGCAAUGAUAAUACAGCAGCUUUAAUGGCAAGCUAUAUUGUACAAGCUGAAUGUGGCGAUUACGUUAUAGAAGAUUAUCCAGAUCAUACUUAUUUAUCAACAUACAAGUUUGUACCUCAUCAAGAUCAAGAAUUAGAACGACGUAUCAUGGAAAAUCAUAAAAAACACGCUGGACAAUCUCCUGCAGAGGCUGACCUUAAUCUUUUAGAAACAGCACGACGUUGCGAACUUUAUGGAAUAAAAAUGCAUCCAGCUAAAGAUCAUGAAAGAGUAUCAUUGAAUUUGGCGGUAGCACAUAUGGGGAUAGUAGUUUUCCAAAAUUAUACCAAGAUAAAUACAUUUAGUUGGGCAAAGAUCAGAAAGAUUAGUUUUAAACGAAAACGAUUUUUAAUUAAACUACAUCCUGAAGGCUAUGGAUAUUAUAAGGAUACGGUUGAAUUCUUUUUCGAGGGUCGCAAUGAAUGUAAAAACUUCUGGAAAAAAUGUGUAGAAAAUCAUGGCUUUUUCCGUUGUUCUGUAGUUAAACACGUAGUACGACAAAAAACAAGGGUUCUUAGUCGAGGUUCAUCGUUCAGAUAUAGCGGAAAGACGCAAAAACAAAUUGUUGAAUUUGUUCGUGACAAUUAUGUGAAGAGACAGACAUUCCAAAGGUCCAAUUCGUUCCGGCAGACUAGCGGUGGUAGGGCAUUGCAGGGCUCGGAGGGGGGAGGCUAUCGUGGGGCCACUCCGAGCAGCUCACUUAUGGGCAGCUCCAGCAUCUCUGCCCACCCCCUCCUGCCCCUCGGCGAUCCUGCCCUGGCAACCCCAGCUCUGUCUCUAUCAUGCGGCUCGAUGACACUGGAUUCUCCGACGACUGUGACGAGUGUCUCGAUGGGAGGGACGAUUCACCGUCGCGACGACACAGCUACAUCGUUUCGGACGCUCACCUCUAUCGACGUCCACUCGCCAGCCACCCCCAGCCAGGCUCCAGCACAGCGGCAGACGCUUGCUACCAAUCAGCAACGGAUUUCAUCAGCAGAUAUCGAAUGGGAAUGAAUUGAUGAGAAACGUGGCCCGUCGUACUAAAAAAAAAAAAAAAAAAAAAAAAAAAAGAAGAAAAAAAAGAAAAAAAAAAAGAAAAAGAAAAAAAAUGAAAAAGAAAAAAAUAUAUAAUAUAUAUAUAUAUAUAAAAAAAAAAAAAUAAAAAAAGAUUAAUAAAAAGAGACAAAAAAAGAUUUAAAAGCAAUAACGUAGCUCGUACGAUAAACUGGUCUCUGAACGUGUGACAAUUGAGACGUGCACGGAGGAUGCGAUCAAAAGGCACCCAAGACUGUAAUUUAUUAUUUUUACAUAUGCCAUUAAUUUUUUUUUUUUUUUUUUUCGUUUAAGCUUAAUACGCGGAUUCAUUUUAUUUAUUUAUUUUAUUUAUUUAUUUUAUUUAUUUAUUUUUCUAACGCUUGAGAUAAAUGUAUUAUCUGUUAUGCAAUAAUCUAAUACUCAUUCCGAAUUUCCCUUUAACCAUACAACCAAGUACAUCGGAAAAUGGAGUAUAACAAUUAUGAUAAUUACGAUAAAACGAUAACGAUCGAUUUCGCAUCGUUCUCGAAGAAUUUUCAAAUAAAAUGUUGAUCAUUUCAACGAAGUAACAUUCACCAAGAUUUACAACACUUUUAGAUAUCGAGCCAGAAUACGAACAAUCUAGUUCCUUACAUAUACAAUUUUAUUAUCAGAAUGUUUAUUCGUUUUUUGCGAUUCGCGCUACCGUUAAAUAAUCCUUAUCAUAUGUACUAUUUAUAGGUACGAACGAUCAUUGAUAAUCACGUUACCGUUAAUAAUCAUUAAUUAUUAUCGCGAUCACUAUUGCCGUCAUUAAUCAUUAUUACUCUAUUAAGGCUAUACACAAUUAUUGUUACUAUUAAUGGUAGAACACAGUGAAAGUUAAUACGUAUCGCAUACGCGUUAUUAUGUAUGUAUAAAAGUACGGGGCGCGAUUGCUGAGUGCCGAUAUACGAUGGAUACUGUAUUAUUUUUCUCGAUUAAUCGACGAUAUCGAUUCGUAUGAACGUAAGAAAGCAAUCCUUUGUCUGUCUUCUUUAAAUCCGUAUUCUUUAAAGAUUCAAACUAAUAUUUUGACGUAUCAUCGAUUUAUAGCUUUGAUAACGAUUUUCAACUUUGCCCGAAAUAUGUAGACAUGUAUAUCGAUCCAUCAAAUUUUUAAAUACUAUUUGAAAAACAUUUGCCAAGAUAUAUUUCAAUUAAGUCUUAAUAAUUUGCAAGUUAAAUUUUUUGAUUUAUCCAUCGUCGUCAUCGUUAGUGUCGAGAAAAAUAAUAUUCCGUUCAUACUCGAAUAGAGAGAUAGAUUGUGAUGCAGAUUUAUACGCACAAGAUCGAAAUGAGAACUUGAGGACAACUGUCGUCGAAACGAACGAUUGUAAGAUAUCGUUCUAUAUACUAAUAGACGAUGGAUCUAAUUUCCCGUUGAAAGCAAAAAAUGUUUCAUCUAAUUUUCGAUUUAUCCCUUUGCAUGCGCAUUACAAAUUAACCUUUGACUCAUAAUAAUAAUCAUUGCGAUCAUUUAAUUAAGCUGUCCCUACCCCGCCCAUGCCCCCUUCCUCGGGCGUGGUAAUUACCAAUCAUUUCAAAAAACGUAAUGAAAAACUUUGUUUCCGCACCGCGAAAACUGAAACGGCACUGUCCUGACACUUCGCUUUUUUAUCCCAAUCUCUCCUAAUCUUUAAAGAGUAUCAUCGUAUCCUCAGCUCUGUAUCGAUUAUUUUUUGACUUGUCAUCGUUUUCGUUCAGAAACGAGCAUGUAUUGUAAAUUGUCUAUGAAAUAUCCGACGUUCUUCCAUGUCCGUAAUCAAUUUUUUGAUAUUAUAUUAUAAUUUCCAGUAGAUAAACUUAAAAUACCUGCUCGAUUCUGUUUCUUUGGUUUUUGCAUUUGUGCAUCGUCAAUUUGUCAUCCCAUGGUUAUCAACACACGCACGCGUUUUUUACGCACUCGUUACAGUAUAUCAUUUUCAUUCAUUUCGAUUAUUCAUAUUAAAUCAUUUCUUUUUACAUUCAUUCAUACAUUUCGUUCGUUCAUUAAACAAUUCUCUUUUUCUUCCCCCCCCCCCCCCCCCCCCCCCCCCCCCCCCAUCACCACUCUCUCCUCCACUUUCAUUCUCUCAUUUAUCCAUUCAUUCAAUUUUAUUUCUAUUCUCAUUCAUUUCUUCCCAAGUCUUUUCUAUUUAUUAUUGUACAAACAUGUUUGUACGAUCUUUUGACAAAUGUAAGACAUGUAAAAGAGAGAGUAUCAAGUUUUACAUGAUAUCUAAUGUAUUUGAAAUUUCUUUAAAAUUUUGUAUGCAAUUUGAAUAUUUACUUUUUAAUUGACCACAUUUAUCUGUUUCUAUAUUUUUGUUGUUUUACGCAACGGUAAAUAAUGAAUUAAAACUUAUUAAAUUCAGAUUGAAAUGUCAAAAAAGACGUGCAAAUGUAUUUGUAAAAUAAUUUUGAAGCCACAAAUUCGUCGUAUCGUAUUUUCGGUUAUCAGUAUCCUCGUUAAUUCGUACGCGUGCGCGUGCGAGUGUGCGUAUAUUCCGUGUACUCACGCACACCGUACUUGACAGAUUACUUGUUAUUGAUUAUAAAAAUGAAUUAUUAAUGGGAAAUAUUUGAUGUAGCCGCGAAAGCGUCGAGAGCGUGGCAUGCGAUGAGAAAGUUGAUCGGUAAUAUCGACAAUUAGCAACUGACUGAACACUGUAUUCACUAACGACUAACUAUAUUACACAAGUACACACAUAUACAUAUACACACGAUUUAGUCUAGUCAUAACAAUUAGUAUGCAAAGGUCGUGAUACCUGGAAAUAGGGAUCAAGGUAUUAGACGUUAAAACGUAACACGGGUAACUCGUACGGUUAUCCAAAUUCAUCGUAAUUAAAUCUAUCUGUCCAAUCUUUGUAACUUUUUUUUUUCAUAUCUUUUGGUCCCAUCUGCUAUUCGCAGAUUUUCAUAUUACGCGUGUAAUCAAAAUUGCUCGUCAGAGAAUAAUUAGAAGUCAGUUUCAAGCGUGUUAUAUUGAAAAUGGACUGUCUCCUUUCAAAAACAAUUUCAAAUCUCAUUUGAAAUUGUCAAUCAAACCAAACGGAGAUUCGCGAUAAACGACAUUCUAAAUGAUUUUUCCUGGUUAAAUGUGUCAGCAUAUGAAACGUUAAAAAGAAAGAAAAUGGAAAAGGCCAAAAAUUUUACGUUAAAGAAUCUGCGUCAUAUACGAAUAAGAGACUCGAAUCAUUUUUAUUAUCUCGCAACAUUCUUACAUUAUUAUUAUCAUUAUUAUUAUUGUUAUUAUUAUUGUUAUUGUUUCAUAGUUCUAACACGUUUUGUAGCUUCGUAGAUACUUGAUGUUUUAAUCUCCUAUUGCAUAUUUUAGGACAUUUGUCAUACUUUCAUUUCACAAAAAAAAAAAAAAGAACAAAAAAAAAAUUAAAAAAAAACAAAAACAAAACCAGAAAAAGAAAUAUAAAUUGAAACCGAUGUCAUUUGGGACGAUGAUCAGAGAAACGUCGAAUGUGUUUCGGUAUAUCGAAAUGUUGCAAAGUAAAAAA